AUUGAAGCAGAGAGCACAACACAACAAGUGGCACUCUGUCAUCCAGGAAAUGCUUCACUUCUCCCCUCCCAUGGGAAAGUAAGUCCAAGAUGGAAGCAAUUGGUCUGGCCACUCCGACCACAAUAGCAGCCAGAAUGGGAUCAUCCUGGCUGUGUACCUUCAACUUAACAACAACAACUUCUAAGUUUGUAAACUGUACUUUUCCUUUGUGUCUGUCUUUUAAGAAUAAAACAAGAACAAGUUGCAGUUGCAGAGGUAGAGAAGAUGGUCCUCUAUCCACUCCCUCUGCUUACGCCGUCCUUGGAGUCCAACCUGACUGCUCCCCCGUCGAAAUUAAAGCCGCUUUUCGAGCCAAAGUGAAGCAGUUCCACCCAGAUGUCAACCGAGAUGAAAAUUCUGAUGCUAUGAUUCGCCGUGUAAUUCAAGCAUACCAAAUACUAUCCAGCUACACACCAUCACAAAUUAUUGAAACGGAAUGCUUAGAUCCCUUUGACAGACCAGAGUGUGAAGCUUUUGAUGUUUUUGUUAACGAGCUUCUUUGUGUCGGCAAAGCUUGUUCAAGUUCCUGUGUGGAAAGAGCACCUCAUGCUUUCAGAUUUGACUCUUCAACUGGAACAGCGCGUGCGUUUUCUCAAGGUCAAGAGGAAGAUUACCAAGUUCAGUGUGCUGUUGGACAAUGCCCUAGAAGUUGCAUUCAUUAUGUAACACCAUCACAGAGAAUUCUUUUGGAGGAGUUACUUCACAGUAUACUAGAUGUACCCUAUGAUACAUCAGCCGAGGAAGACUUGCUUUUUUCACUUAUAACCAAAGCUAAGUUUGAGAAUAACCGAUACCAAAAGCCAAAGAAGAAAACCAAAUCUUCAACCCAGCAUGUCGAUUGGUUUUAACGUCCUCGCCUCUUCACUCCCCCAACCUAUAAAUAGCAAUGAGAUUGAUGAGACAAUCAUGGUUCUCACUUCCCAAUGCUACCGGUAAAAAUUUUAUCAGCUUCUGAUACGAGCCUUAUACAGUUAUACUUGUACCUCAGUUUUCAGAAACAAUAUAAGCUACUUACUACAUUGGGCAUUUUUUGUUUCAUUUUUUCCCAUCUCUUAUCUUAUUAUUUUGCAACGGAUGGUGGGGAAGUGGUACAUGAUUAGUUCUUGGAGUGGAUGAAUCAAGGGUCCAGAAUCACUUUCUGUGUGAAUCCGUGAUACUGCAGGCAAUCCAAAUCUCGCAAACGCAACGUGCCACUUUUCCUUGCGUAUAAAUGACGAAAGAUUACAAUUGCAUAUAAUUUCUAAAUUUGAUUUGAAGCUAAACUGAACGCUUUAGCAAAGGGAGUUGCUGUGUUUGAUGAACUUGCAGGUGGUGAGUAUUGGCCAUGCUAAUACUUGUGUUCAGAUUUUAAAAUCGAGCAGGGCUAGCUGUUCAUUUGUUUGAAAGAUUGUAUGCCUGGAUUGACCCUAUGGAAGGUUAAGUUAAACUCAAUUGUGAUGGUUCACUGGUUGAUUUUGUGACCAAGGCAUAUUGUGGUGGUGUGGCGUGUGAUAACAGGCGAAUUUCGUGUUUGGUUUCUCUAUGGCUCUUGUCGUUGAAUUAUCUGGAUUCCCACUAUAAAAUAGUGAGUAUCUUUUCACAGGAACAUGAAAUUCUUCAUGUAAUAACUAUAAAGUCGUUCUUCACUUCAACUUAAAUAUUCUUUGGAUUCUUGGUCAUUUCUAUAAUCAAAUGUGAAGUGAUGCAAGAAAAUACCAGUGUAAACUUAUAUAACAAGUAAGAACAAUUGUCUUCUCCCUUAUAA